AUGAGUCAAAAGGAGAAAAAAGGAGCCGGAGUGGACCUUUUUAAGGUAAAACUCGAACCACCAUCUUUGGAUUCCGAGCAGUUUGGUGGGAGCAGAACUAUAGUAACCCAAGGAGACGACAAGGAUUCAACAAGGCACACCAUCGAAGUGUUGUUGGAUAUUAGUUAG